AUGCGCGCCCAAGUCCUUGAAGCCUUCAACACGCCCUAUGUCCUGAAGGACAUACCGAAGCCGGCCGAGCCUACCGGCCAGGACAUCUUGGUCCAGGUCCAGGCCGCCUCGUACUGCCACACCGAUGCAGUUUUUGCCUCCGGGGCCAUGUGGCAGGACCUGCCCCGUGUUGGGUCCCACGAGUUCGCCGGAGUCGUCGUGGCCAUGGGCCCCGACGUCUCCGCGGACCUUGGCCUCAAGAUCGGCCUCAAGAUUGGCGUGCCCGGCCGGGCCUUUCACCCCUGCGGUGAGUGCUACGAGUGCCGCAACAACGACGGCGACCCGCACAAAUAUGGCGUCUGGUGUUCAAAAGCCGGCAAUCUCGGUCUCUCGCGCGACGGUGGCUUCCAGGAGUACUGCAUUGCCGACUCUCGCCAGGUCGCCCCCAUGCCCAAUGGCAUGACUGCUGUCGACACGGCUCCUCUCAUGUGCGCUGGCCUGACCAUCUGGAACGCCCUAGAAGCCGGCCGCGUCAAGCUGGAACGAGGUGGCGGUGAGGGACGCACAGUCGCCAUCUCGGGCGCCGGUGGUGGUCUCGGCCACCUCGGUGUGCAGUUCGCCGCCAAGCUCGGCUGCAACGUGGUCGCCAUUGACGCCAGCGACUCUGCUCUCGCUUUCCUCCAGCAGGUUGUCGACUCGCUCGGCCCGCUAUCGUCCAAGGUCACCAUUGUGGACGCGCGCCGUCAAAGAGCAGAGGAUGUCCGUAUUGAGGCUUGCGGCCAACCUGAGAAUAACCUGCCCGGCGAGAAGGGCGUCGACGCUCUCCUUGUCCUGCCAGAGGCGCAGCAGGCUCUGACCUAUGGCAUGAAGCUCAUCAAGGACCACGGUGUCUGCGUCACCGUCUCCUUCCCCAAGGAUGGCUUCCUGAUCCAACCCCGGGACCUUGUCUUCCGCCACAUCGAAAUGCGGGGAGUCCUCGUUGGCCGUAACCGCCAAUUGCGAGCCAUGCUGAACUUUGCUGGCGAGGAGAAUGUGCGCGCCGUUGUCACCACGUACAAGCUGGAGGAUCUGAAUAAGCUUGUCGAGGACACUCACCACGGUGCCACCGGCAAGCUGGUCAUUGACAUGUCCAAAUAG